AUGGGCCUGAACUCAAUUUCCAAUAUGAAGUUCCUCGCCCUUCUUGCCCUGGUUGCAGUCGUCAGUAGCGAAUUCACCUGCAUCAAGCCCGUUAAUCGCGUUCCCGCCAGUCUUCCUGGUGUGUGCUGUGACGAGUUGGAUAAGAAUGCACUGUUGGGAUUUGUAUACACUGGCAAGAGCUGCUCGUAUGCGAAUAAAUUGAAUGAAACUGAGGACGGUAGUACGACGUACAGUUCGUGUGAAGAUGGUCAGCGGGCGGCGUGUUGUGACCCGCUCCUGGAAAAGAUUAGCUUGGAAACGAAUAUUGCUUGUGUCUUGCCCGAGUAA